CAAGUUUAUUUUCUCCCACGUGUCAGACCAAAGAAUAAAUUCUUCUUAUAAUAACUGAUAAACGCUGUUGGUUGACACCCUGUGGUGGGCCAUAUUCUAACCAGUUAGUUAGUUCCCAGCUUAAUAGGCGAAAUGUUUGCUGAAAUGUGGUACGCUAGAUGUUACGCUUGGUUGAAGACCAGGAUCAACCAGGUCCAUUACUUUCAUUACGAUGAGGGGCCUUCUGGUGAUUGCUUUUGGUGGUUGGAUGUGUUGUUUCUCCUCGGAGGAGUACGAAGCGCCUUGACUUCGAACUGGGUGCACGAACGAAAAAUUCGUAUCGUUUCCCAGAGUUUGUUCCUUUUCAGCAUAAUUGUGUUUCAUCUUCAGUUGUUUGAAGCCUGGAAAGAAAAGAAGGAUGUGUCUCUUAUCAUCAUGGAGUUCACUAAGGUCACAGGCAUCACAAUUUCGUUCUUGAGAAUGGUGGCAGCAGCAAUGCUCAUCAAACCAAUCACAACUUUGAGACGGUUUGUAUCGAGUCAUACUUUCAACUCCGGCGAUGCGAAGUACGAUGAAUGCGAGCAGAACAAAUUCAACAGAUUUUCUAGAAAAGCAAUUCAAACUAUGUUCGUAUGGAUAACAGUGGAUACAAUUCUGUUAUUUAUGCCAAGCUCAAUCAAAGACGAGCUGUUCCAGUAUCCCCUUCCAGUCUGGAUCGGAAAGAAGGCCUCAAGGAUACUGAAUAGAUUUCUUGUUAGUUUCAUACCUGCGACCAUCUUUCCCAAAACUAUAAGUUGCACCGCCUACAUUGGAGUUAUAUUGAUCGGGAUGCGAACCAAACUCCGGCUGUUGGCUCAUCGCUUCGAAAUGAUUGCCCAAAAGCUUGCAGUGAACGAAGAUCAGGACUACGAAGGCAUACGCCGUGAACUUCGCCAAGUCCUGAUCCAACAUCAGAAAUAUUUGAGCUAUUUGAAUGUUACGAAACAUUUGGUGGGAAAAGUCUUUCUGCUUGUGCACUACUUUUCGAUAUUUGCCCUUGGAGCAUUGAUCUACGCCUGUCAUGAAAUGGAAAAGAGUCUUAUGACUGUAGUAUUUGGAGCCGCUGUUUCGUUCUUUCUAUUGGAGUACUAUUUGUUGUGCUAUCUGAUUGAUUCCUUGCAAGAUGAGGCGGAUUCUAUUGAACAAUACAUUUUCGAGCUUUGCGCUCAAAUACCUUUCAGACCGGAACGUCGCUCCGAGUACGUCCAAUUACGAACUACUCUAAUGGUCAUCUGGAUAAAUACACGUAAUAGGAUAACGAUGGAUUGCAUGGGCAUAUUCGACAUCAACACACCCAAAUUUGUCGCUCUGAUUAACGUUGCUUAUUCGGUUUUAACUUUUCUAAUCGAAAUGGAAUGAUGUAUUCGUAAUAUAUUUUAAGGUAUUUGUUCGUGCUUUGUUCGAUGGAAAUCGUUGAAGUUGUAUAGUAUUAAUAUUUGAUAAAAAUUAAUAAAUAU